GGACGACAAACCUAGCAAGUCUGAUGCUGGCAAAUAAGAGCAGCCGCACUGGACAAGAAGGUAUUCCAGAACCAAAGAGUGGGCGGGGCUUUGAGGCUGUGGCCCAGAGAUAAGGAAGGGGGCGCUCGAGAGCACUUCUGAAUCGGAAAGACUGCCAUGGCCUGGGAGGUUGGUGAGGCUGCGGGCUUCAUGCUCCGGGAAUUCCAGCCUGGGGACGCGGAAGCGGUGCGGGAGCUGUUCGCUGCGGGCAUGAGCGAGUACGGACCCGUGCUGUGCACACACGUGCUGCAGCAGCCUUGGAUAAUGCUCACCCUGACCGGUACGUUCCUGCUGCUGGUGUCCAGCGCACACUCCCUGCUCCUACCUGCGUUCGUCCUGACACUGCUACUGGCAACUGGCCACCUGGUGCUGGGCCAAGUCUGGGCCCUUUACAUCCGGAGUUGCCUCUCUCAAGACCUGAAGGACAUUGGGGACGCCUACGGGCCGCACUGCGGUGCCCGCUUCUGGGUGGCUGAGGCCGGGGGCCAGGUAGUGGGUAUGGUGGGCGCGCGGCCAGAGGAGGGCCACGGUCCCUCCGGCGUGCUGGUGCUGAAACGCAUGGUGGUGCGCCGAGACUACCGAGGCCGCGGCGUGGGCAAAGCCCUGGGACGAGCUGUUCUGGCCUUCGCCUGCGAGCAGGGCUGCCGCGCCGUGGUGCUUGUCACGCACCGGUUGCAACGCGAAGCCCGGAGCCUCUACCUCGGCCUCGGCUUCCAGCCAGAGGCAUCUCAGCCGCUUCCCACCUUCUACGGACGCCUGGUGGACUUUACACUCACCCGCUACCGCUACGACCUUGCACCGGGGGACUAAGGCGCUGCAGCCUAGGGAAGACCUUGAACAGGAGGACUGUGUUUCCUGGAAAAGGAGAGACAGAAAGCAGAGCUAGAACUCCUCCCUCUUUCGCUUAGGGAGGGACCCAGAUGAAAACAUUAAUGAAAUUAGGGUUAACUGGUUUGGGGAUUUCAGGGGGCAGUGAGCGUGUGUAUAUGUGUGUGCGUGUUUGCAUCCCGAACAAGUCAUUUCAACUCCCGGGAGCACAAUAUCUUGCGACUGGAUGUACUUUGUGAUUUCUAAGGAUACUGAAAGCAAUUAAAUAACGAGUAUGCGUUAUGGGGAGAACAGAUGAAGUAUAUUAUAUUGCAGAACAUUAGGUGCCUCUCACUUUUUUUUUUUUUGGUUAAAUGUCCAAAUAAUCGUUCUGGGUUUGGGGCUAGGGGGUGCAAAUACCCUUGAAAAGAGGAAGGAUGACAAGAUUAAAAAACUACUUAAUGCUUUCUUCCUUGAGUUUUAUGAACCUCUGUAGAAUGCAUUAGCAAUACUGUCCUUUCCCACCCCCCACCCAGGCUAGAAUUUACUGUUAAUAAACGUAACCUUCCUGUUAAUAUGCUUAAACUUAGAUUGAGAAAAAGAAAUUCCCUGAAAUUGUACCGUACUUUUCAUGAGUGCUCUGCCUCCAGCCCAUCCUCCACCCUUCAUCUAGCAUGACUUUGAUAUUAGAUGGCACCAUAGAGUGUGAUUUGAGGUGCAAAAACGAAGUUUCCAAAUGAGCCCCUGAAAUGCCUGAAAUUCUUCCAUUGUCUUUAUGAGCACGAUUUGCAAUUCACCGUACUAUAAUUUCAUUUAGAGUUAAUAAGGGCCUUCUUAAAAUAAAGAUAAUAUGUGGAAGGUUAGUUUUAUUGGUUAUUCACACCUUAUUAGGAACUAAUUGUGAAACCAAAGUAGUCUCUAAAAAGAUAUCCUCUAAUAAAUGCAGGGCACUAUUCUAUACCCCAGAGCAAAAAAAAGAAAUAAUACAUGGUACCUGUGUUCAUACAACCAACAGUUUAGUGCAUAAUUUGAGGGGGGAGGGAGGACUUAUACAAAAUAUUGUUUGUUGCGGUCCAGUGGUUUUCCAGUUGGACACUUCCUGACAACAUUUGGUGUUUUCUUGGCAAAGAUACUUGAGUGGUUUGCCGUUUCCUUCUCCAAUUCAUUUUUGAGAUGAGGAACU